ACAAAGACAUAAUUUUUCCUUUUAAUUUGUUUUGAUAAAUUUUAUAGUUAAACUUAUAAAAUAUACUCACCACCGAAGGAUGAGAGUUGACGCAAAUGGCGUGAAAUUAUUACAAAGCACAUUUUCAACACAUGGUCAUCCCCAAAUUAUAGUACCUGACAAUAUUACAAUUUUUAAAAGUACCGCAGCUAGAAUUUUUUGCGAAGACAAGGGUAUUAUCCACAAAUUUAUUGCGACGGGCAUCCAGCAAAGUUGCCAUUACGCCUAAAAGUUCAGGAAAUAGUUACGCGAUAUAGAGCAACUCCGCUUUCGAUUGGCGAAAAUCCUGCAAACUUAUUCGAAAAACCAAAUUUUGACGUAUUUGAUUACGCAGUCUUUCACAACAAUGCAGUUUCGUACAACAAAGUUGGAGGAAUCAAAGUGGUCAACCCCAAAGUUCGAAAAUUAGGCGUAGGAGAGAGGGUUCAAGUUUGUUGGUUUAACAAAGGAUGUCCGACUUGGAACUUCGGUACCGUUUUGCAAGAACUUGGAAUGUCCAUUUCAACAUUGAACUUGACAAUAAUUUACAGCAUAUCCACCACAGAAGGAACCUAAAAUUGCAGAAGUCAUAAUUCAACGGAUUCAGGCGCAACCUCAAGCAUCCACCAAAUCACAACUACCAAGUAUUGCGCGACCAAACAUAAUAUUGUGACUUACGGCACGUUUCCAAGGCCACUUUCCUUAUUGGUGUGGGAGAUUAUAAUGUCUCGAUUGAGAACACUGAUUAUAAAGUUGAGAGGAGACGUAGUAGGCAAUGAAUAGCCGCUUAACUGCGUGUGCAGAUUAGUGGAGUGAAGUAGUUGGGAAAAAGCUACCGCUGAGAACACCCAAAACAGUCUGCUGGUCGUGAUAGUUUUUUGGGAUUUGACAGAUCUGAGCAAGAAGUGAAAACACGAAGACAAAUUAAGGUGUGCAACAAUAAAAUGGGACCCUCUAGAGUGUGGACAACAAGCUUCCUGUUGUUGGCCUGUGUCUGCUUAACAUCAGUACAUGGCCGUAAAUAUCUACGAGAGGAACUAAGAGCGUCUCAUAUGGUGCAUGAGCACCAAAAUAGGGCCUCGGCUCGACCAUCACCGGAGGCUUACAAAUCCUUGAGGGAUAUCUUUUUCCGCUAUGAGGAGUCCAAGUCGUUUGGAGCUGAUAUUGAAUUGACACAGAUGGAGCUAAAUGCCAACCAGAUCAUCAUGGAAGUCAAGACAAAGGAGUUCGAAGAAGGCAUGAUUGUUCCACAUUUGUUUACACCAUCGCAGCAUUUCUUCACGGUUUUGGAUGAGAUUAGAGAAUCACCACUCUUCCAAUAUAUUUCCAAGAUGCCGAAGGGCGGCGUACUACAUGCCCAUGACACGGCCCUAUGUAGUACCGACUAUCUAGUGGAAUUGACUUAUCGUGAAAAUCUCUGGGUUUGUCAAAACUCCACUACGAAAUCCAUGGUGUCAUUUAAAUUCUCCAAAAACAAACCAGAGCCAAGCGAUCUCGAAGAUGACUGUACCUGGGAGCUAAUGUCAAAGGUGCGAGAACUCAACGGCGCAAAGCCGGUCGACGAAUACCUCAGGGAGCACUUGACACUUUACCCCGUCCAAAAAUUCGAGGACAACAAUCAGGCUUGGCAGCAGUUCAUGGGUAUAUUUGGUCUCCUCGAUGGUUUGUUGUUGUAUGCACCUGUUUGGGCCGAUUACUACUACAAUGCCUUGGAAGAAUUCUAUGCGGAUGGGGUGCAGUAUUUGGAAUUCCGGUCCACAUUGCCGAUAUUGUACGAUUUGGAUGGCAACAAAUACACAGAAAUGGAUACGGUGGACAUAUAUAAACAAACCUUGGACAAAUUCAUGGCUGCCAAUCCGGGCUUCAUUGGAUCUAAACUUAUUUACGCUCCGCUAAGAAACGUUGAUGACGCCACCAUGGAACAUUUUGUGAGAACAUGCAUCGAAAUUAAGAAAAAAUAUCCGGACUUCUUGGCUGGCUUCGAUUUGGUGGGUCAAGAGGAACCCGGCCGUCCCUUGAAAGACUUUAUACCUCAGUUGUUGAGCAUCCCCGAUGAUAUCGAUUUUAUAUUCCAUGCUGGUGAAACUAACUGGUUUGGCUCGUCCGUCGAUGAAAAUUUAAUUGACGCUGUUCUUUUGGGGACCAAACGAAUUGGCCAUGGCUUCGCUUUGGUAAAGCAUCCUUUGGUUUUGCAGAUGGUGAAGGAGCGCAACAUUGCUGUGGAAGUUAAUCCCGUGUCUAAUCAAGUUCUGCAAUUGGUUGCAGAUUUCCGUAAUCAUCCAUGUUCCCAUUUCUUUGCUGACAACUACCCUGUGGUCAUCUCGCCGGACGAUCCAUCGUUCUGGAAGGCCUCUCCGCUGUCUCACGAUUUCUACAUAGCUUUUCUGGGCAUUGCUUCGGCUCAUUCUGAUUUGAGACUUCUGAAGAAAUUGGCUUUGAACUCGAUUGCCUACAGCUCUCUGACGCCAGACCAGAAGGUUGAGGCAAUGCAUAAAUGGCAGACACAGUGGGAUAUUUUCAUUUCGAAUGUGGUCAAUGGCGAAACCGAUACGAACGAUGGUGCCCAGCACCGCCUGGACACCAAUAGGAUCGAUUGACUAGCACGCCUGUUGGUGGCGAUAUUAGCAAUGUGGCUUAUAAGAAACUAAAUCUUGCCGUUGUCCUUUGCCCCAUUUGCUUGUUCAUCGCUUCCAACAGCCUCUAAUACACCCAUUCCCCCAUUUUCAUCAUCAUUGCUCGUCAAGUCUGAACAGCUUCAAGUAUUGCCUUCGAACAGACAUGAACCUGGAUCCCCACGAAAUUUCCUGAAGACACUCAACAUCUGGUACUACCUGACGACAUCUACAAGUAUUUUCUCACAGGACAUUUACACAUUGACUACAAUGGCCUCUUGUCCUAUAUGGUAUUUGAUUCAAAAUAUUUUCGGCUGCUUCCAGCUGCUAUGGCAGGACAUUAGUUAAUUUUUAUUUUACAAUGAUACACAUGCCAAUUUUGUAUGUACAUGUGUUUAUAUUGUUAUAGCGAAUGAAAUGAACUCAGAACUGAAAUAUAUACGAUUAAGACA